AUGCUGGUCGGCCAAAUACCCAGCAGUGUAAUCAUCCACAAGAUCCGUCCCCGAAUAUGGAUGUCUUCCAUGGUCGUCGUAUGGGCAGGCCUCACCAUGGCCAGCGCAGCGUGCAAGACAUAUGCUCAACUCUGCACCGUUCGCUUCCUGAUGGGUCUCGCUGAAGCAAGUACAUACGCUGGAUCAAUCUACAUCAUGGGCUCUUGCAAAUCCAACGAAAUCGCCAAACGUACCGCCAUGUUCACAGUCGCAGGUCAAGUUGGCAAGAUGUUCGCUGGAGCCAUGAUGGCUGCAAUCCAUGAAUCAAUGGAGGGUCAUGCCGGACUGGAAGGUUGGCAGUGGGUUUUCUUGAUUGACGGCAUCAUCACUUUGCCUGUUGCUGUCUUUGGCUUCUUCUUCUUUCCGGAUGUGCCUGAGUACACGGACGCUUCGUAUCUGAGUGAUAAGGAGCGACAACUUGCGCUUGAUCGACUGCCGCCGAAGAAGGAGGAUGGUCAUGAUAUACAGGCGUGGAGUCUUGUGAAGCGGGUGAUGGGACAUCCUUUGCUUUAUGUGUGUUGCGUCUUCUCAGUUCUCGGAGCAGCGCUCCAGUCUUACGUCGUACAAGGUCUCAUGCUCUUAUACUUGAAGUACCGCAAGGACAUUGACGGUUUCACCCAGUCUGAAGUAAACACCCUCCCAAUCCCAACUCACGCCGUCGGUAUUAUCGCCGAGCUAUCUGUCUCAUUCUUCAUGGAUCGGUACAACCGCAGGAUGUCACUUGGCUUUCUGCUCUGCCUGAUCCAAAUCAUCUGCAGUAUCAUACUGCUGGUUCCUGGGACGUCAGUUGCAGGCAACCUCACAGCACUGUACCUCUCAGCCUCGGCGUACGGCAUCAAUCCACUGCUGUAUGGUUGGUCAAGCAAUAUCUUGGCCCGGACGGCAGAUGAUGCUGCUCGAAGUGUCACUCUGGCUUCAAUGGCGGCAAGUGAUGGACUUCUGUGGACAUUCUGGGGUAUAGUCAUGUUCCCUGCUGAUCAUGCACCUUACUGGCGAAACGGUUAUAUAGGCAUGCUCUGUGUUAGUGCUGCUAUGGUUGGCUGGCUAUUUGUCGUUCGUUGGAGCUAUGUCAGCGACCUUGUUGCCAGUGAUCUUACAUGCAUAUGCCUUCUGCAAUCUGUUAACAAUAAACCUAGCACGGCUUAG